AAGUGUUUUUAUGCAUACUCUUACUUUUAGUUCUUACUUGAAUGUUGGUAGAAUUGAGCUUUGAAUCCGUUUGAUCGUAAACUUUUAACUUUGGGGAGUUUUUUUUUUUUUUUUAAUUAAUAUUUGAAUCUCCUUAUUUAUUACUGGAGUUUUGAGUUUUUCUACUUUUGUAUUUUUUCUUGUUUUAGUCUUGACAGCAUGUAUGUUUCUCAGAAUUUAUCUAUUUCUUCUAAGUUUUCCAGUUUGUAAUUGUUCAUCAAUAAUAAUAGUCCCUCAUGAUUAUGCUUCUUUACUUCUGAGGUAUCUGUUGUAAUGUCGCUUUCCUUUCUGUGUUUAUUUCAGUUUCCUCUCAUUUCCUCUUACCUUAGGUAGGCUUUAUUGAUAAUAUUUGUUUCUUUCAAAAAAUGCACUUCCAGUUCUUGCACGUGCACCCUGGGCAUUCUGGCACACAGGCAAUGUGUUUAGAGGUGAACACAUUGCUUAGCAACGUGUUGCUUAGCAACGAUCGUUGCUUAGCAACGAUCAUUCUGGGAUGUAAGAUUCUAAACCGUUGAGCUUCCCAGCUGGGAGGUUGUGGCGGGCCGGCUCUGGCUUACCUCUAGUGCUCCUGUUGGGUUUAGGGGCCUGUGAAGAGCCGAGGGGGAGGUGAGGUGUGUUUGGAGUCUGUAGGCUCUGUGAUGAAGAAGACUUUUGGCUUCAGGAGUAAGAAGGGCAGCUCGCCCUUCGGCUCCUCCAUCAGCCCGGGGAGAGACGGCAGUCAUAGAAUCAACUUCCAGCCCGGGUACCGCAUCCGAGACAAGGACCUCGGAAAGAUCCACAGAGCUGCCAGCGUAGGCAACGUAGCUAAAGUGCAGCAGGUCCUGUUGCUCGGGAAGAGUGGCCUGAAUGACAAGGACAAGAUGAACAGGACUGCGCUCCACUUGGCCUGUGCCAAUGGCCAUCCAGCGGUGGUGGCUCUCCUCCUGGAGAGAAAAUGCCUGCUUAACCUCCGUGACAGUGAAAACAGGACCGCGCUGAUGAAGGCCGUAGAAUGCCAAGAGGAGGAGUGCGCGACUCUCCUGCUGGAGCACGGCGCCGACCCAAACCUCACGGAUGCCAAUGGCAACACCGCGCUCCACCACGCUGUCUUUUGCCAGAAUAUAUCACUCGCAGCAAAGCUGCUUUCCUAUCACGCCAAUAUAGAAGCCAGGAACGAGGAUGACCUCACACCACUAUUAUUGGCCAUAAGUGAAAGGAAACAGCAAAUGGUGGAAUUUUUAGUAAAGAAAGAAGCAAAUGUACACGCGGUUGAUAAGAUGAAAAGAACCGCCCUCAUCCUUGCUGUCAGUUACGAGUCUAUGAGUGUCGUCAGCCUUCUCCUGCAGCGAGGUGCUGACGUCUUUUCUCAAGAUGUCUUUGGACGGACUGCAGAAGAAUAUGCUGCUCUGAGUGGUUUUAAUAUCAUUUGCCAACUGAUCUCUGAAUAUAAAGAAAAGAGGCCGAAAACUCCUCCCGAAAAGAGCAACCCAGUGGAUACGAGUUCUGAAGAAGACUCUUUAAGCAGGUUUUCCAACAAACCUGGUGCUGACUCAUGGCCUCCGUCAGAUGAUGAAGUCUUAGAUUUUGAGACCAAGACUGAUCAUCUUCCAGCAGAGCUGGGAGCUGCGUGUUCACAGUGUCUGCACCUGGAUGCAACAUAUCAAGUUCUUCAACGGGAGUUGUUAUCAAUGAAAGGAUGGCAAAGGAAGUGUGAGAAACUAGAGAAAGAGAACAAGAAGUUGGAGCAAGAAGUAGUGAAACUCAGAAGUCAUAUGGAACUGAAGAUGAUAGAACACCCUCAAGUUGAGCAGUAUAAACGGGAGAUUGAAGAAAGAGUGAGACGGGACCUCGUAGAGAAAUGGAAAGAAGUCAACCUAUUUUUGCAGACACGAGCAGCAUGUCAAGAAAUCUCAGAGCAGUUCCACGAGGCGCAUAUUGCUUCCGUAAGAAGUCAGAUGGAACUCAGAAUUAAAGACUUGGAAUCUGAACUAUCCAGGACGGAAACUUUACAAGAUUAUAAGAAAGCAGAGAUGGAAAAAUAUAAGAAACUCUACUUAGAGGAACUAAAAGUUAGAAAGUCAUUGGAAAAUGAACUAGACAUGAAUAAUGAGAGGCUGGCAGAGAUGAGCACCGAACUUGAGGUGGAGAAACAGCAGAAGAGAUCUUUACUCAGCACUCUCAGCAGCAGGAGCGAACGUAGGGUUUUCUACCUGAAUUCCACGCCGUUCAAAUGGCAGCGUGGAGACUUUCUUGACCAAGUGGUUCAUAAUCAUUUCCAGGCUCUGCUGCUCCCACCACAGUUUUUCUACCCCUAACCAUAAGUGACUGACUGGCAUCUAAACACUAAUGACAUAUGGAUGUGUUUCAUUUGAAGAAAUCCUAGAUAAGUCAUUUUUAUGAAUUAAACAAACUUGUAGUAAUCAAAAGAUUAAUUUUGGGUUUUAGGUUAACAUUUUUUGUUACUUUCUUAUACAAGAGUACAUCUUUAAUUGCUAUUUUACUGACAGAAUUUUGAUUUAAAUGUCUAAAACAUAUCUUGCUGAGCAGUUGUAGAAUGUUUCUAAGUUUGUAGUUAAAUCAAAUAUUUAAAACUUGUAAAUGAAGCUCACUUUUGUCUCUGUCGUGACUUCACCUGGAUGAAUGAUGACUGAGAUAGCAAUGAAGGGGAGUCUUUAAACUGCAGCUAGUUUUCAUUGUGUAAUCAUUGUGAUUAAAAUAUCCAUUUCAGUCAGUGCACACGAGUUUAUGGUUUUUGAUGGUGUUUCCAUGAUGUUGAUGAUGCAGAGAAAAGCAGCCCUUGUUAAAUGCAAUCUCAACCUGUUUUCUCAUUUGGCUUCUUGCCAUCACAGAAGAGCAAUCUAAGGUUUCUUCGACAGCACUGGGGCUACGUUGGGUCGUAGUACUUGGGAGCCAUGAACCUGGAGGGCGUGCUUUAGCUGUGCAGUCACAGCGGGCCUCCAAACACUUCAUCCCAAGUCAGAGACCUGCCCACGCAGACACAGGCCUAAGGGGAGAAAGCAAAGGCUUUACCCCCAUCCCAGGGGUGGGCUGCCUACCGCAGACCCAAGUUCACGGUGCUGUGGGCACAUACAUCUUUUCAAAGAAGAGAUUGGGAACCAAGCAAGCACUUCUUAGUUCCUUCUCCCAA